CAAACUCAUCUUUCUCUAUAUAUUUCUUUCUUACAAAAAUGAGUAAUCUUCCCUUACUACACACAACAUUCCUCAUUUUAUGUCUCCUAAAUUUACCCCUUGGAAUUUUACCGUUUACCGUUAUUAUGUCAGAUUCUACUACCCCAUCAGCAUUAGUUGAUGCCCCACAAAUGGGUUAUACCAUGAAUAAAAACGGGGCCCGGACCGAUACCCGGGAACAAAAGGCAGUAUAUGAUAUUAUGUUAGCAACGGGUAACCCAUGGGCAAUUGAAAUACCCGACGUUUGUCGGGGCCGGUGGCACGGUAUCGAAUGUAUGCCCGAUAAAAACAAUGUAUUCCAUGUGGUUUCCCUCUCUUUCGGGGCGUUAUCGGAUGAUACCGCUUUCCCUACAUGUGACCCGACCCGAUCAUACAUAUCCGAAUCCGUUACAAAGUUACCUUACCUUAGAACCUUGUUUUUUUACCGUUGUUUAACUAACACUCCUCAGCCCAUUCCAUCAUUUUUGGGCCAUUUAGGCCCGUCUCUUCAAACAUUGGUAUUAAGAGAAAAUGGGCUUGUUGGCCCAAUUCCAAAUGAGUUGGGUAACUUGACCAAAUUAAAGAUCCUUGAUUUGAGUAGAAAUAAUCUCAAUGGGUCAAUACCUGUGUCUUUGGGUCGGAUCAAUGGGCUAAGGUCAUUAGACUUGGGUGGAAAUAGGUUGAUGGGCCAAGUACCAAAUUUUGCUUUUCCUUCUUUAAAUGUCUUAGACCUUAACCAAAAUUUAUUAACCGGCCCAAUACCAAAGAGUAUUGGGCUUAGCCAAUCUUUACUAAAAAUGGACCUCAGCCGUAACAGGCUAUCUAGCCCAAUACCAAAUGCCAUUCUGGGCCUUAAAGACCUUACUCUCAUGGAUCUUAGCUUCAACCGGCUUACCGGCCCAUUUCCAAAUUCCUUCAAGAACCUUGAAUCCCUUCAAGCCCUAAACUUAAAGGGUAAUCAAAUGAUGUCCACAACUAUCCCUGAUAAUGCUCUAGAGGGCAUGAAAAAUUUGGUCACUUUGAUACUAUCCAAUAUGAAAUUGCAAGGCUCUAUCCCUAGUUCCUUGACUCGACUUCCAAAAAUCCGCGUCAUUCAUAUAGAUGGAAAUAGGUUAAAUGGGUCGAUACCAGAGAGUUUUCGAGGGUUGAAAUUCCUUAGUGAGUUAAGGAUAAAUGAUAACUUUUUAAGUGGCGCGCUCCCCCUUGACAAGGAUAUAUUGUGGAAAAUGGGAAGAAAACUUAGGUUGCACAAUAAUUCAGGGCUUUGCUUCAAAUAUGCAAAUGAUGGUGAUUUUGCAGGUGAUUCAGAUUUGUUGAUGGAAUGGGGUAUUGGUAAUUGCAAUGUACAUAGACCAAGCUUGGGAAGAUCAGUGGAGCAUGCACUAAAAAGUAACAAUGAUAAUGUGGAAAAUAAUAAGCCAACAUUAGUCAAUAAUUCAUCUAUUGUAGUCCAUAAAUAUUGGUUGCUUCACUUGUUGUGUCUUCUUUUUGUCAUGUGGUCAUCGUAGCAAGUGGUUUAGAAUUUGUUAACAUUAUUAGUGUAAAUGACCUGUAUAUAGUACAAAGGAAUUAAUAUUCCUAUUUCAGAAAUAGUUGCUUGCAUAAUAUAUUGACUAGUUGGCAUUGAGGAUUUGAGAUA